AAACAUGUUAAAAUUUUAAAAUACCAGAACCCCCUCACUCAGUUAUAAGAACUCAAAAAGCUUCAUCAAUGGCGGAACAAUAGAACAAACAAACCCUAAACCCUAACUCACCAAAUCACAAAUCAACAGAAAUCGUUCCACCAAUGGAGGCAGGAGGAAGAAAGGACUCAUCUAAUCCGGCGACAAAGUUCGCCGUGUACCAGAAUCCAGCUCUCGCCGCUGCCCUAACCAAAAACAGCCUCCGUCCGUCAAAGUCUACGUUCCUCUUCAUUCUCUCACUCUCAUCCGCUUCUGCUUUCUCUCUCAUCUCCUUCGUUUUCAGGGAAGGCGAUAUCAUUGGCAGCUCCAAACUCAGAUAUGUUACUCAGGAUAUCGCUUAUAUCUUUUUGAAACUGGCGCAGGCUGUCAUGGCUCUGGUUUUAAUCGGAUCCUUAUUUGCACUUCUCAAAGCCAUCGCUUUAUGGAAAUCAAAAGCCGCUACACCCGCAUCUACCUCUAAUGACCAAAUAAAUUUAACCAACCGACAACUAGAGCUGCUUGGUAAAAAACCAAAGGCUCAACAGACUGAAUCAAAGGAGCCACCCAAAGCCAAAACUACAGCAUCACCGUCAAAUACACUCGUCCCCCUUCACCAACCAUUUACCAGUUCCGGGCCCGCGGGUCAUAUGACCCGUUUAAAUAGUGAGAAGUUGACGACAAAUAGCGGAAGUAAGAAGCAUUUGUUCAGCACUCCAUCAAAACCACCGGUCUCUCCGUCAGUGUACCUUGUUCCGUCACAAUCACCGAAUAUAAAAACACCACCAGGCCCGGGUGGACCGGACCACAUUGUUUCAACUCCUUGGUCAAGCAAACGCGGUUCGGGUACACGAGAUAUAUCAACCGAACAACAACUCGAAACAUUCUUAGCGGACUUCGAAGAAAAGUUCUCAACGUCUGCUGGUAAAAUGGCGACCCCACCUCCUACGAUAAGUGGGUUUGGUAUAUCUAGCCCGAGUACGAAUACUUCCGGUACUACGAGAAGUACACCGUUAAGGCCUGUUCGUAUGUCCCCCGGUUCUCAGAAGUUUAGCACCCCGCCAAAGAAAGGGGAAGGUGAUUUACCUCCACCGAUGUCGAUGGAAGAGUCGAUUGAUGCGUUUAAUCGUCUAGGUGUCUAUCCGCAAAUUGAGCAGUGGCGGGACCGUAUCAGGCAGUGGUUUUCUUCGGUUGUGCUGAAUCCUCUUCUUUCCAAAAUUGAAACUAGCCACAUAAAGGUUAUGGAGGCUGCUUCUAAACUUGGUAUAUCGGUUACAAUCAGCAAAGUAGGAACCGAUUUGACAGCUGGCGCUGAUGCAACUGUCGCCUCUAGUGAGAGAACUAAUGAUUGGCAGCCUGCAUAUACACUUGAUGAAGAAGGGCUUCUUCUUCAGUUACGAACUACUCUUGUGCAAACUCUUGAUGCUUCCAUGUCAAGGUCUUUGCUAGGUGGGCCCCAACAGACGCCAGCUCAGAACCUGUCAAUCCCUAUCAUACAGGAGUGUAUAGAUGUCAUUACCGAACACCAAAAGCUUCUAGCUUUGAUGAAAGGGGAAUGGGCUAAAGGCUUGCUACCCCAGAGUCAUAUACGCGCAGAUUAUACCGUACAAAGAAUCCGAGAGCUUGCUGCCGGAACAUGUGUUAAGAACUACGAAUACAUUACAAACAAAAAUAACUCUAGUAAGAAAUGGACCGAAGUUCCUACAGAUUCACAUCUGCUGCUGUAUCUAUUUUGUGCUUUUUUGGAACACCCAAAGUGGAUGUUACACGUGGAUCCUACUUAUCACGCUAGUGUACAGUCGAGCAAAAACCCUUUAUUUUUAGGUUUACUUCCACCAAAAGAACGGUUUCCCGAGAAGUAUUUGGCUGUGAUUUCUGGUGUCCCGUCUGUGCUUCAUCCCGGAGCUUGUUUGCUUGCAGUUGGCAAACAAAGCCCUCCGGUUUUCGCGUUGUACUGGGAUAAGAAGCCGCAGUUUUCUUUUGAGGGAAGAACAGCACUUUGGGACUCAGUGUUGCUUUUAUGCCAUAAGAUAAAGACAGAUUAUGGUGGCAUUGUUAGAGGAAUGCAUCUGGGAUCUUCUGCGUUGGGGAUUCUUCCGAUUCUUCAAGAAGAAAACAGUGAGUGAUGUUUUUCAUAUCUUCUUGAAUCAGGCGUUAAUGAAGAUGAGACGAGAUCAUCUAUUGUUAACAUUUCUAGCGACUUGACAUUUGUAACGGCUAAUGGUUUUAGCGACUGUUUUGAAUUGAGAAAGUGCUAACCAACUGUCUAGUGGCUAACUAGGAAAAGACCAAUUUGAUCGUGUAUGUGAUGAUCGACGUUUUCCUUAUAUUUCUAGUAACCAUUUUGUAUGUUA